CGCUGAACACAGCGCUAUUAUUACAGCGCAGGAGAGAACCACGGUCGCUGUGAUUGCUCCUGCAGUCCUUCUCCAGCCUGUCUGGAAUCCCCCUCGACCUCCUCGCAUCCUCUAUACCAGAAACUCCCGUCCACAGUGCGUCGGAAACACGCAGUUCGCGCUUGCCACUAGCCUCGUCUAAGGCGGUGGACCUCACCUUCGCUGAAGCUCAUAAGCGCCGUACUCUUCCAGGAGACGUACUUCCACCCCAGCCCAGCCGCCUCUUCAGCCCCUUCCCUGGCGGAAAGCCCUGGUGGUUAUCGAUCCUGGCUAGAAGGGCGCGUCGUCCUUUCCUUUCUACUGUGUUUACCACCCUUUCGUUCCUGAUCCGAGUCAGCAGCGCAAUCUUUCACUGUCCGUACCCAGAGCCACCGCCCCCAUGACUGCCGAAUCAGAUCCAAAACCUGGAUCGUCGCGUCAGGAGAAUGUCAACGGCCGGGACUCGUCCAUCCCCGAACACUCGAACAGCCCGGAGUCCGCAGGGCCAAACUCACCCCCUUCUGUGUCGGUCGAGGGUUCCGAAACCGCUCCUACAGAUGACUCUUUGCCGAAGAAGCGGCGUUCCUUACUAGACAUUCCAUCCCGUGGGUCAUCGAGAGUCGAUAAGCAGUCUGCGCUCGAUACCGCUCAGGAAGCAACCCAGGAUGACUCUGACAAUACGCUACGCGGCUCAAAAACGUCUAUCCUGAAGGGGCGACGAGAUCAAAGCAGAGGGAGCAGCAGAAGAUCUCGUCGAGCAGAUCGUGACGUGUCAGGCGUGGAACCAAAAUCUGCGUCAACUCCCGAGUUAGAUGACGCUCGCCCCAAGUCUGGCAAGAAAUCCAGAAUUUCAAUCCGCUUUCUUGCAUUUUUGAACUGCUGCACUGCAUCUAGUAUCAAUGCUGAAGAUUCCCUGCUUUCGCCGCCGAAGAAGACCCAACCGCAGACAGUUCCAGACAGGCAGCCUGCCCCGGCCGUGGACAAGACCAGCGUCAGGCCUAGCGACUCCGACACAGCAGAACCGAAAGAGUCACCGUACUCACUCAGCGAGAAACCCAAUCCUGCCAUUUCUUCUGAUCAAUCUGGAACACACGUUGAAUAUGAACGCUGUACGGACUCCCAAGAUGGAGCGGCCCUCGUCGAUGACACAUCAUUAGGCGCUGAUCAGACUGUUUCCGAUCAUGAAAAACCACCUUCGGUAGAAGACUCUGGCACCUCUGACCCAUCACACAGCGAUCCAGCGAAACCCAAGGCUGCAGUUGUGGCAGUGGGGACCUUUCAGACAGAAGAUACAGAUACUGCACCCUCGGUUACCGAUAGUAAAAGCGAAGAGACCAUUGAAAAAGAUCAAGCUGUACCGGAACCAUCCCUUUCAGAGGACACUAAAGAUGGUGGAAAGGACCUUGAAGGACCAACCGGUUUACCAUUCGUGCUGCCACACCCACCCCCUCAAAUAGCAAACCAGGAAGGUCAACAGCAAUGGCUUCUUCCACCCCGGUUACCUCACCUGCAGAACAGGAAGUGUCUUGUCCUCGAUCUUGAUGAAACCCUUGUUCACAGCAGUUUUAAGGUUCUCGAGCGUGCCGAUUUUACAAUCCCGGUCGAGAUCGAAGGCCAGUACCACAAUAUUUACGUGAUCAAGCGACCCGGAGUCGACCAAUUUAUGAAACGCGUCGGCGAAUUGUACGAAGUGGUCGUGUUCACCGCGUCUGUCUCCAAGUAUGGGGACCCACUGUUGGAUCAGUUGGAUAUCCACAAUGUUGUGCACCACAGGUUAUUUAGGGAUAGCUGCUACAACCACCAGGGGAACUACGUCAAGGACCUCUCCCAGGUUGGACGCGACCUCCAAGAAACGAUAAUAAUCGACAAUUCGCCAACGUCGUAUAUCUUCCACCCUCAACAUGCGAUACCCAUCAGCAGCUGGUUCUCUGACGCUCACGAUAACGAACUUCUUGAUCUAAUUCCUGUCCUCGAAGAUCUCGCCAGCUCCCAAGUGAAGGACGUGAGCCUUGUCCUCGACAUCGCGCUGUAAUCCCAUUUCUUUUUACGGCCCUUGCAUUCCUAAUAAGCAUAUUUCCUUUCAGUUUGAUAUUGGUUUGUUCUUAUUUCUCUUCUUCUCCUUCUCUCUCCCUCACCCAGUAUGCCUUGAUAAAACAAGAGCGAGCCUAUUUCCUUUGUCUACCUACACACCUUGGUUUCCCCAAACACUUCCCAUCACACAGAAAACAAUGAGAAGGUGAGAUGUAUUAGAGCCAAAGUCUUAAUAUGGAAUCUGUCAAAAAGGUUUAUCUGUGCAUUUGUUGAUAAUUUGGAGGCACUUCCAGUCUUGUGAUUCCCUUAUGUGUUGUGUUUGUUGCCAUCGCAUGCCAGUUUGCUUUUUUCCCUGACUAUUGAUUAUUUUACUUCUAUAUCCACUUUUGCAGCUCCUUUUCUCUGUGUUUUUCUUUCUAUUUAUUUAUUUUUCUUCUUCUUCUUCUUCUUUCUUCGACCCCAACUCUCUUUUCCUUUCCUUAUUUCCUUCCUGAUGCUCUCUUUUCUUGCUUCUGUUUUGACCUGUUUCCUAAUCUCCUUGCAUUAUGCAGGCGUCUACUUUGGUCAUCCGCUGAGAUCCCUUUAGUUUGAUAUUUUGUGGUCUUUGUUCUAUUUGCGUUAUAUGCCACUGAGGUAUAUUGCUACUACCCCAAUUUGUAUUGUCUUUAUAUUUCGCUUUUGCUUUGGAUAUUUUGCUUACACUUCCCCCUUACUGUUCUUCCGCCAGUGGCCACCACCCCCUGUCUUUCGCAGCAUCUCCUUUGCUUAUCAAAUAUAUCAUUUGUGAAUUGCCAUAGCAUCUUUCUAUACUUUGGUGGUUCUUGGCCCCUUGGUCCCUGCUACUGUAUCUAUUGAGCCACGGCCGCCGAGCAGCUUAACUGGGAAGAAAAUACAUUAUAUACUGGUCUCUCUGGCUGCAGUGCAUACCAUGUACAACAAAAGCCAGCUAUCAAAGGGUUAAUACCACA